AUGUGGGACCGCCUGCGAACCUCGUCAUCCCCAGAGGAAGCCUUCCAGGGACGCCAUCCAGGUGGCAGUGUUCAUAAGCACACGGUGGCCCAAAAGCGCGCGCGAGCCGUCAGACCGGGGAGAACACAUCAUCUCCUAGACGCUGUUGACGACAACUUUCCCGAACCACUCGACGACUUGGGUAUUUUUCACAAUACACACAGCCCUAACCGAUUCGCUAUUCAGCGAGGCAAGGUCGUGCCCCGAUACCACAACGUUGACAUUAUUUUGCCAUCGCAAAACGCAUCUGGAUCUGUGCAUCUCGAUAUCGUACCUCCUCGGCGAAGCUCUCGUAGAAGACAGCGCCAACAGCAGCAGCAGCAGCAACAAUCCUCGCAACUUCAAACCAAUCCUGCCUGGCGCCCAGCAUCCUCAGUCUACGACAAGAGUGACGGAGAACCGUUCAAACCUGCACCGAAGUACAAACUGGAGUCUUCAACUGGCCUAGGCGGCUCUGCCGCUGACCAAAUAUCACCACCCAGCUCGCCGGACGUUUGUGCCACGCAAGACCGGCUUACGGCUGGAGAUGUAUCACCUAUCGAUGACGACUUGGAUGACAUUCAGCGCACAGCAUUUCAUGGGAAUAGCCAUGAUGCCCGCUACCUACCUUCUCAGCAACAAAGAACUGCUAUACCAAAACCAAGUCUAUCUGUACAACGUGAAGACGGAGGUCUAGUGACUCAGCCACGAGAAAUUCGAUCAGCUAGUGGAAGAGCAUGGAACGAUCAGGUUCAUACUGGACGGGUACUCACCCCUCCAGAUAGUGAUUCGUUUCGUCAUACCCGGCGUCCAGUCAUGUCUACCAAUUCAAACACGCCUCUUUCCCCCCUCGAAAAUAAGAAUAUGAAUAUCUCGUCGCCUUCACAUGGGUUACAAAUGCGUGCGCCUACAAAAGAGAAGCUGCAACCACUCGAUAACCGCCCACCUUGGAAUGGAGCUAGUGGCCGGUCUGUGAUAGUCGAACCUGUUCGCGACGACUUGAAUGUUGCGCCACUGGGCAUUCCGCGAAAGAGCAGCAAACGACCCGGUCGCAACGGGAGACCACUGGCAGCAGCUACAGGAUCUGGGACGUCCGAGUCUUUUGGCGCUGGAAGCACGAUGAGGAAGUUUUUUCCCCUUACCGCUAAGCACAGAACCAGAAAAUCGAUCUCACCGCCGACACAGCUCUCCAUUGAGCGGCAACCUGUCACUGCCGAGAAUCCGUAUCCAAGUCCCCCCCAUAGCGACUUCCCAACGCCCGAGCCCAGGGCUCGUCAUACCCCUCCACCUAACUGGCAUAACCAAGCUCUCGCGUCACAUCCACCAGAGCCCCUCCCCUCUUCCAUCAAAGCCUUCAAGAGGAAGCCGCCUCCUCAAUCAACCCAGGCAAUCUCUAGUCUGAACUUCUUGCCCUCAAAUGCCAAAUCUUCAGACGGCGCGGGAAAUUUAGCCACCCCUGCCCGGCCGUCUCCAGCCCGUCCAGAAGAGACAUGGGUGCCGCCCCCUUCGCGUUUCAGCAUCACCACUUAUGCAACAUCAAAUCCAGGCACUCCUCGACAAUCCGCCGAGGAAGACGUACCGCCACUACCAAUUAUGCCACCAGCUUCCAGCUCUGUGAAUACUGGGAGGCCAGCGAGUGGCCACAGAUACAGGCCAACUAGCUCCGAGGGGCCUUCGGUGGUGUCGAUGUCGAGCCCAUACACGACUGUGGGAGCAUCUCAGGUUCGUUCUGAUGGUUAUGAUGCCACAAGUCAAUAUCAUCGGUCCAUGAGCGACAUGAAAUCGGCAGACCGUCGGGCGUCUACGUUAUCAAUGUCUAAGCCUCUUCCCCCGGCGCCACCUGAGCUGUCGCUCGCUGACGAUCCAGUCUCGCAACUGAACGCUCAACUCAACAGUCUGGCUCACCGCCGCGCCAACAUUGAGAAGAGCAUCAAACAGAUGACAGAGCUCAUGCCUCAGGACAACUUGUUGGCUAGCGAUCAAGUUCUGCGCAGGCGAGAAGAGGAAAAGCAAAAGGUCGAGGGUCUCCGGGAGGAAUUGGCCGUGGUCCAGAGUGAAGAGCAUAAACUAGGCCUUCAGUUAUUCCGUGCUUAUAAGCGCCAAGACAAGAACGCUGAAUAUGAGCCUACAACGCUAUGGGUGCGAAGAGUGGCGGGAUGA